GAAGAAGAAGAGGAUGAGAACAGCAAACAGUCGGAAGAUGACGAUUCAGAGACUGAAAAACCUGAGGCUGAUGAUCCAAAGUGCUGGGGGUCAAACCCAGGAUCUUCCAUAUGGUAGGCAAGUGUUCUACUACUGAACUACACCCUCAGCUUUCUGAAAAACAUCUUUGGGGUUUUUUGUCACCAUCCUCAAUGAUUCCACUUCCUGCUGAGCUAUUGAAGUCUGGACCUGUUUCCGUUGCCGAGCAGGAUAAUACAGAAGUAGAGAAGAGAGAUCCCCAGGAAUUAGUUGCCUCCUUUUCAGAAAAGGUCCGGAACAUGUCACCUGAUGAAAUCAAGAUCCCACCGGAGCCCCCUGGCAGAUGUUCAAAUCACUUACAAGACAAGAUCCAGAAGCUUUAUGAGCGAAAGAUAAAGGAAGGAAUGGAUAUGAACUACAUAAUUCAAAGAAAGAAAGAAUUUCGUAACCCCAGCAUCUACGAGAAACUAAUCCAGUUCUGUGCCAUUGAUGAGCUGGGUACCAACUACCCAAAGGAUAUGUUUGACCCCCAUGGCUGGUCUGAGGACUCCUACUAUGAGGCAUUAGCCAAGGCCCAGAAGAUUGAAAUGGACAAAUUGGAAAAGGCCAAAAAGGAGCGAACCAAAAUUGAGUUUGUGACGGGCACCAAGAAAGGAACCACAACCAAUGCCACAGCCACUACCACUACUACCGCCAGCACAGCUGUAGCAGAUGCCCAAAAGAGAAAGAGCAAGUGGGACUCUGCCAUCCCAGUGACGACGAUAGCGCAGCCCACCAUUCUCACCACCACGGCCACCCUGCCAGCUGUUGUCACCGUCACCACCAGUGCCAGUGGCUCCAAGACCACUGUCAUCUCUGCUGUGGGCACAAUUGUGAAAAAGGCCAAGCAGUGACUCCAGGACUUGACAGGACUGCACAGCCCAGUGACCUGCCCACUGGGAGAUGUCACUUUGUAUAUUUCAGGACUCAAGCCUGCUCCCCAGGUGCCACCUGAGAGGAGUAUCUGUGUGGCAUUCCAACCAGAAGGACAUUGUAGCAGAAGCAUAAAGUGCAGUGGACAAGGUCUGUCCAUACACUUCUUGGGGUCUUGCCCAAUUAAAAGUGCUGUGUUCUUACAUCCUGGCAUUAACUGUGGCCUCUCCCACAGUCAGUUUUUAGGCCAAUGUGAAGCUCAAGUACCCCCUCCAUCAUCUUAGUCAGGAUUAUUGCCUCAGGAUGGACAAUGAGGUGACAGGAGCUUGGGCACUGCUCCUGUGGGGUGGCCCAGGAAAUCACUGUGGUCAUUCCCAGUGUAUGCCUCUUGGCAUGGGCAGGUGGAAUUCCAGGCACCCCUGUUACUGCUGUUCUACUUCCCUGAUCCCAAAACGAGACCUCAGCCAGUUCUCAGGCCAGAAGGUAGGCCUCUGUUCUCCUAGGCAAAGUUGCACUCUCCCCAGACUCCUUCUGGGACAUGCCUAGGCAUUUGAAAUCAGGCCUGUUAUGAAAAGGUCUAGGGUGAGAUCCCCAUCCCACACAGGGAGUGAAGUGUGAGUGCAUGGUGGAGUCUGCACCAGUCCCUGAACACAGCCAGCCGGAUCCACACAGUAGGGGAGAUGAAUCACCUCCUGCUCUGGCUGGGCAGCCACUCAUUGUUUACAUGAAAGCCCCACUUCGGGGAGGGCUUCUGCCACCCCACCCUUCCUCUGUUGUUAUCUCUGCCCAGCACACAACCUAUGCUGCCCCACUCCUCUUGGGGCCAAAACGGGUUUCCCAGCCACUGCCUACCCAAGGAGGCUGGAGGGAUCAGUUUGCCUUUCAUGUUCUUUGGCAGCUCUCCUUUCCUUUCCAGCGGAAGGGCUGAGUGUCAGAAAAGGAAGCUGGGCUGUGAGGAGCCCUGUUGCUUCCACAGGGUCCGCAGAGACUGAGAAAGGUGGUCCUGAAAUUGUGUCUGUUGUGUGAUCUGAGGGAUAUGACAAACUGCCACCAAAGUCCCUAAAAUAAAAAUUGAGUCACACCUGCCCCCUCCUUUCCUUGAUGGGACUUUGGAAUCCUGGGGAGAAGAGCUGCUUCUCCCCAAGAGAGCCUAUGGGGAUCUCCGCAGGGCCUGCCCCUUGGGCUGAGGACCCCAGAGGUCUGUGGGAAGCAGUGCUGCACAGGGAAACUGCAGUAAGUUGCAGCUUGUGAUCUAUGUACUGUCUUCCUUAUAAGGUGGAUGUGAGAGUCAAAUUGAUGAUUGAUGCAAAAGAUUUAUAAACUGUAAAAUACUCUUGUAAAGGUU